CAUUCACAACAAUGCUGUCAAAGUCGGUGCUCGGGCGACUCAAACAGCUCGACGCGUAUGCAAAGACCACGGAGGAUGUGCGCAUCAAGACGUACGGCGGCGCGAUCGUGUCGAUCGUCUGCGCGCUGAUCAUGGCCGCGCUGUUCGUCUCCGAGCUCAACUACUUUCUCACGACCGAGACGCACCACGAACUGCUCGUCGACACGACGCGCGCUGGCGAGCAGAAGCUCCGGAUUAACAUUAACGUGACGUUCCCGCGGCUGCCCUGCGCGUACAUGUCGAUCGACGUGAUGGAUGUGGCUGGCGAGCACCAGCUGGACGUGCUCCACACGCUGGUCAAGACGCGCCUGUCUGCGUCGGGCGAGGUCGUCCGCGAGCCAACCCCCGUCGAGGCGCUGGGCCAGCAGCCACCGAGCGACGCGGCCGAGCGACGCGACCUCGACAACAGCAAGUGCGGCGACUGCUAUGGUGCGCAGACCGAGAAGCGGCCCUGCUGCAACUCGUGCGAGGAGGUCCAGGCCGCCUACCGCGAGAAGGGCUGGGGAAUGAUGGAUCCGGACAGCAUUGAGCAGUGCCGCCAAGAGGGCUUCUCGGAACGCAUGCGAUCCAUUGCCAACGAGGGCUGCAAGGUCCAAGGAUUCAUGUACGUCAACAAGGUCGCGGGCAACUUUCACUUUGCCCCAGGGAAAUCGUCCCAGCACCAGCACGUCCACGUCCACGAUCUGCAGCAGUUCAAGACGACGACGUUCGACAUGACCCAUACCAUUCACCUGCUCUCGUUCGGAACCGAGUACCCCGGCCAAGUCAACCCCUUGGACGCCGUUUCCAAAGUGCCGCCAGAAAACACUCCCGGAUCUGCAAUGUUCCAAUACUUUAUCAAGGUCGUGCCCACAGAGUACGUCAAGCUGAAUGGAGAAACCGAGCAGACGAGCCAGUUUUCCGCCACCUCGCAUGUCAAAAUGAUCAACCACGCCGCUGGCGAGAACGGUCUGCCGGGUGUCUUCUUCAUGUACGAGCCAUCCCCGAUGCUCGUGAAAAUCACAGAGCGCCGAAAGUCGUUCAUGCACUUCUUGACUGGCGUCUGCGCCAUCGUUGGUGGUGUAUUUACGGUGGCUGGCCUCGUCGACGCGACCAUUUACCACUCAUACCGAAGCAUCAAGAAGAAGAUGGAACUGGGCAAACAGACAUAACUUUUGUGUGUUCGUUGUUAGAAAUUAAAGUUAAAAAGAGAAAGUUCGAG